UAGCCACGUUUACGCCAAGCAAAGAGAAAAAAAAACAUAAUGGUCCCCCUUUCACAUCCGUGUGGAAGCUAUUCGAAAGGUUCCGCACAGCUCUUAAGACGGAAUCAUUGAAGUGUUAACAACUCCAUACGGAAUCAUUUUAGAGUAGGUCCGCAGACCAGCGCUUUGUUUACCAGCAGUGGCAUUCUAUUCUAUAAAUUAAAACCUCAACUCAGUUUGAAAAUGGCUGCAACGAAGACCACGCAAUGGGAGAACAUAUUUGCGGAAUUAAUGGUAAAAUGUCAUGAUAUGUAUAAUAACACUACUGUAAUUCAAACUAGUACAAUACAGUAGCAACAGACGGACAAUCUAGCCAGCUAGCAGUAGCCUAUACAGUAUAGGACCUUGUCAGAAUGUAUUCCGACCUUGCACUUGCUGUAUAAAUACAUUCACGUAUCCAAAUCACCCGGGGUACGAUUGGAUCAGAACAGCUUUCUGUGUGCAUGAUCCGAGUUUGUCCUACUGAAUUUCACUAUUGGGCUCAGUCUCAGUACCUGCGUCUAGGUGAAUAUUUAAUGACCAAUUGUCAUCUGAGUUCAGGAUCUCCUAAUAUAAUUUGCCAUUAGUCAGUUCUGCAUGGUACCCGCAGAGUGUGCGGUCACCAUGGAGAGUGUGCGGUCACCAUGGAGAGUGUGCGGUCACCAAUGAGAGUGUGCGGUCACCAUGGAGAGUGUGCGGUCACCAUGGAGAGUGUGCGGUCACCAUGGAGAGUGUGCGGUCACCAUGGAGAGUGUGCGGUCACCAUGGAGAGUGUGCGGUCACCAUGGAGAGUGUGCUAUUAUGCCCUUGGUCUGUUCCAGAGGCCCUGAAACCCUCUAAAAUAUACGGUUACCUGUCAUCUUUGUGUGAUUGGCAGAGGUCCCUUUCUUCCUCUCCCCUCUCUGCGCCUCAUGAUCUCACCACUGAGGCUUGUCUCUGCAGCCAUCUGGCAAACGGUCCAGCAGAGACAUGUGAUGGAUUAUGGGAUGCUGGAGGAGUUUGUUACCAUGGUCACAGAGAUAGUUCCAGAGAUCCUGAAUAACAGUCAAAGGGCUCAACUUAUUCUGGGUCUUCGUGCACAGCUGGUCCUGGAGUUGUGUCGCUCUAAACAAAUCGCAGACCUCAAAAGCAUUCAGCCACACCUGGACAGGAUAUAGACCCUCACACCUCUCUGGGGAACACAGGCGACGGAUGCAGGGGUGGGAUUAUCUGAAUCCCACUUCUUGAUUCUGGUUCAAACCCUCCUGAUAGACCCAGAUGAGAGGGAACAUUUCUUCCAGGAUGUUUUUCAUAUAUAAUUUGGUCCCAUUUAUGACACAGCCAUCCAGAAACUCAUGUGGCAAUUCCUUUCGAGACUUGAGAAGCUACUUCCUGUAUCAAACUUCCAACAGGCUGCCUCUCUACUCAGUGAUGUCCCCUCUAUUCUGGAGGAAUGUCUUGAGUCAGUGUCUCACCCUCAGCAGCUGAAAACCCUGCUUCAGUACCACAGAGACCUCAACCUGCUGGACAGUCAUGAUACUUUCACUUCUUCCGAUGGGGACCGCAUUCUCUCAGCGCUCUGUCUUCCCCCAGUAGAAAGGGUGGUGGUAACAGCAGAACAGACCAAGUCAGAAGAACAGGGAUCAUCCAUUGAAUUUUUACGUGGAUACAUUCUCCAAAGAGUUGGGGGUGGAAUCUGCUACACAGACCGAGUACACAGAGAAGCAAGUGUCAUUGUGAUAAAAAGAGAAGAGGGUCUGGAAUUUGAGAAGAAUGAAAAAGUAUCUUUAGAGACAAAAGAGAAGGAACCAAUGUAUAAAACAGUGAUGGUUAUUGGGGAAGAUGGAAGGAAUGAGUCUUUGGUCAGAAACAAACCCCAAAGAGUCCAAAAUAAUGCCAGUGACAUGCUUCAUGGAAAGAAAUGUGGAAAACCUAUCCCUUCACAAAUGAAUAGGAUUGACCUGUCUGAUAACAUCAUAGUGUCCAUGCUUCACAAGUCCUCUGUGGAGCUACAAAGGAUUGACACUACUAACCUGACAUUUCCCUUUGGACCAGAGACUUUCAAGCACUCACACACUUCGCAAACUCACCAAAGGCCUUGUUUGUUGGGAACUCAGCAACAAGAGGAUUUACCUUCUGGAGAAGGAAAGACUGCAUUUACUACAUAUGAAGAAGACAUUGCACAAACCUCCACAGACCAUAGAGCAUGCAAGGUUUGUGGUAAGACUAUGUAUCGCAUUGGAUACUUACCCACAUGAUGAUUCACUGAGAAUCACCACUAUUUAAUCAAAGAAGUUAAAACAGUCCAGAAACCAUCAUCUAAUGGAUGCAACAUGGAGCCAUCCAGUGGUAUUCCUCUUGGCGCAAUAGCCAAGGACAGUGACUCGUCAUCCAUCAAUACACUAGAGGACCCACCAUGCAACCCAGAACCCAGCCAGACCAAAGUACCCAAGUCAAACCUAGUCGAACACAAGAAAAGCCAAUCUGAUGACAGCCCUUGUCUUUGUUGUGAGUGUGGCAAGGCCUUCUUUACCAACAUUGGCCUGCAAAAUCACAUGCAGACAAGUCACAGUGAAAAAUCCAAGCAGUAUGGUUUCCCGUGCUGGCAUUGUGGGAAGCUCUUCAGGCAUCCUAAGUCUUGUGCUAACCAUGAGAAGUCUAAGCAUGAAGGGGUGCGUUACCCGUGUUCCUACUGCGGUAAGCCGUUUGUAAGGGCAUCUACAUUGAAAAGGCAUGAUCUGAUUCACAUGGGGGAGAGGCCUUUUAAAUGCAAUCAUAACAACUGCGAUAAGGCUUUCAGGUCUAAAACUGAACUGAUUAUACAUAUGAGAUACCAUACUGGAGAGCGACCUUUCAAGUGUGAUGUCUGUGGAAAGGGCUUUGUUCAAGACAAUUUUCUCGCUACGCACUACCGGAUUCAUACAGGAGAGAAACCGUAUUCAUGUUCCCUGUGUGACAAAAGCUUUAACAACCAUAACAGCGUGAAGAGACACAUGGCUACACAAUCAAAUGAGAAGCCUCAUAAAUGUCUGGACUGUGGGAAAAAGUUCCAACAGAGAACCUUGUUGAAUGUACAUCAACAAUCAUGUACAGUUAGGUCUGUAAAUAUUUUGACCCUGAUGCAGUUUUCAUAAUUCUGGCUCUGUACGCCACCACGAUGGAUUAAAAAUGAAACAACUCUGAUACAA